UUUGCAAUCAACAGAGCUGUGUAAGAUCUCUCUCUCUCUGCUUGAGCUAGACAGUCUCUCACUACUCGAUACGGCGCUGAGAAUUUCACAGCAAAAAGUAUAGCGCUCUCUCGCCGGACUUCUGUCUCCAGUCCAAACGCACCGUUGGGAGACAUUUUUUGGACUGACUGGGAAUGUCGUCCAAAACCGAAGACAGUGCUUGACACGGAACCUGGAUGAAGAAAGGAAUUUGUAAUAUUUGAAGGAUCCAUCCCUCCAAAAAAAAUCGGAUCAGCAUUCAAAUAUAUAUUUAGCCUGAGAAGUUAGAUUUGCCAGCUGGAUGAAAAGCAUUAGGACUGCAGCUGCUCGUGCGCAUCACCUAGCAACAAUAGAACGCACCAUUUACAAUUCAUCAUAACAACUCGCGCUGUAUUAGAAUGAUGAACGUCCAGUGGAGCAACCCGGUCCAAUGCAUCCGCAGUGGAAAAGUCGGACAGAAACGUGUGGACUCAGAAACAGCAGGUGACGAGCCGGUGUCCAAAUGCGCUAGGCUGAUCGAGUGUACGGGGGACGUGGGGCUCCUCGGUAGCUCGCCGGGGUCCCCUGUUUCCCCGGUCCUCUUGAGUGGCUCCCCGACCCAUCAUGGUCCGUCUCGGAUAGGCCAGUUUCUGCUCCUACAUAUGGCUGACGGGGACAGGAUACACAGCGCACUCAACAUUGACACGGGAGACGCGAUGGUGUGCAAGGUGUUUGACAUGGGUCUGUACCAGGAGAAGCUCCGGGCCUACCGCAUCCUGCCAGUCCACAGGAACAUCAGCCGUAUCCGAGACAUUGUCCUGGGGGAGCGCUGGGCAUACGUCUUCCUAGAGAAGGACCACGGGGACAUGCACACCUUCGUUAAGAGCUGCAAGCGUUUGGACGAGGAGCGGGCGGCACAGCUCUUUCACCAGGUGGCGUCGGCUGUGGCCCAUUGUCACCAGCAUGGCAUCGUAUUAGGAGACCUGAAGCUACGCAAGUUUGUCUUCUCCGACAGGAAAAGGACCCAUGUGAGGCUGGAAGGCCUGGAGGACUGCAAGGUUCUAGAAGGAGAUGACGACUCCAUGUCAGACACCCACGGCUGCCCGGCCUACGUCAGCCCAGAGAUCCUGAACGGCUCCAGCUCCUACUCCGGGAAGCAGGCGGACGUCUGGUCCCUAGGGGUGAUGCUCUACACUAUGCUGGUGGGACGCUACCCUUUCCACGACCCAGACCCAGCUACCCUCUUCUCCAAGAUCCGCCGGGGCCAGUGCUGCCUACCCGAGGGCCUCUCUCCCCGGGCCAAGUGCCUGUUGCGAUCCCUGCUGAGGAAAGAACCGUGGGACAGACUGACCGCCGCCGAGGUGCUUUUCCAUCCGUGGUUCCACACCACCAACGUACAGGAAACAGGUGUCAGUGAACAGGAAGUGGAUUCGUCGGAACAGACAGUGCCUUCCUGUGACACUGAAGAGGAGGAUGAUCUGUUCUGUUGAUCGAUUGGAUGAAUCCCUAGGACUCACUUAACCCCUCGAGUGGAAUCGGAGCAAAAAUACGUUCAAGAGGGUUUUUUUUUUCCAUUUUUCUUUUGUGGCAGAUUUGAGAAGGUUAUGGUUGUAUACUUUGCUGGAUGCAGGUCAGACACAAGAUGUUAACUCAAACUAUUGUUUGUCUAUAUGUUAGAAUAAGGGCGUUGUUUAAAGUACACCACCAUCAUUGUCCGUUGUGCGUGUUCACAAAAAAGUAGUCAUUUGGUGCUAAAAACCAGCUCACCAUCACAUGGUUUACUAGAUUAGAUUAACACCAGCUCACCAUCACAUGGUUUACUAGAUUAGAUUAACACCAGCUCACCAUCACAUGGUUUACUAGAGUAGAUUAAAACCACCAUCACCUUGUGUACUAGAGUAGAUUAACACCAGCUCACCAUCACAUGGUUUACUAGAGUAGAUUAAAACCAGCUCACCAUCACAUGGUUUACUAGAGUAGAUUAACACCACCAUCACCUUGUGUACUAGAGUAGAUUAACACCAGCUCACCAUCACAUGGUUUACUAGAGUAGAUUAAAACCACCAUCACAUGGUUUACUAGAGUAGAUUAACACCAGCUCACCAUCACAUGGUUUACUAGAGUAGAUUAAAACCACCAUCACAUGGUUUACUAGAGUAGAUUAACACCAGCUCACCAUCACAUGGUUUACUAGAGUAGAUUAAAACCACCAUCACAUGGUUUACUAGAGUAGAUUAAAACCAGCUCACCAUCACAUGGUUUACUAGAGUAGAUUAAAACCACCAUCACAUUGUUUACUAGAGUAGAUUAACACCAGCUCACCAUCACAUGGUUUACUAGAGUAGAUUAAAACCAGCUCACCAUCACAUGGUUUACUAGAGUAGAUUAAAACCAGCUCACCAUCACAUGGUUUACUAGAGUGGAUUAAAACCAGCUCACCAUCACAUGGUUUACUAGAGUAGAUUAAAACGUUCUAGGGAUAGACCCCUUUUUUUUUUAAAUUUUCGCCUAAAAUGAGUUUGCUUUUCUCCCAAAAUGUCAUUGAAGGUUCCCCAAAGCCUUUUACUAUCAUUCUUUAUAUAAUGUAUCUUUGUUUCAUAGUGGAGUUUCUUCUUCUUUUAUUUAGUUUAGUCACAUCAUUUCUCAUUUUGCAGCACGUUUGCCAAUCAGUUGUGCAGCCAGACUUAUUUGCUAAUUCCUUUUGCCUCAUCCCUCUCAACCACACAAGUUUUCAAAUCCUCAUCAAUCCAAGGAGAUUUAACAGUUUUUACAGUCAUGUUCUUAAUGGAUGAAUGUUUAUUAGUAACCGGAAUAAGCAAUUACAUAAAUGUGUCAAGUUGUAAUGUCUGUUUGCUCCUCAUUACACACCACGGACCAACACAUAUUAUUUACAUCAACAACAUAGGAACCACUACAGCUUGUAUGUCCUCUUAUACACUAUAUUAGGCCCAGCCUGUCCUCUUAUACACUAUAUUAGGCCCAGCCUGACCUCUUAUACACUAUAUUAGGCCCAGCCUGUCCUCUUAUACACUAUAUUAGGCCCAGCCUGACCUCUUAUACACUAUAUUAGGCCCAGCCUGUCCUCUUAUACACUAUAUUAGGCCCAGCCUGACCUCUUAUACACUAUAUUAGGCCCAGCCUGACCUCUUAUACACUAUAUUAGGCCCAGCCUGACCUCUUAUACACUAUAUUAGGCCCAGCCUGACCUCUUAUACACUAUAUUAGGCCCAGCCUGACCUCUUAUACACUAUAUUAGGCCCAGCCUGUCCUCUUAUACACUAUAUUAGGCCCAGCCUGACCUCUUAUACACUAUAUUAGGCCCAGCCUGACCUCUUAUACACUAUAUUAGGCCCAGCCUGACAUCUUAUACACUAUAUUAGGCCCAGCCUGACAUCUUAUACACUAUAUUAGGCCCAGCCUGUCCUCUUAUACACUAUAUUAGGCCCAGCCUGUCCUCUUAUACACUAUAUUAGGCCCAGCCUGACCUCUUAUACACUAUAUUAGGCCCAGCCUGUCCUCUUAUACACUAUAUUAGGCCCAGCCUGACCUCUUAUACACUAUAUUAGGCCCAGCCUGACCUCUUAUACACUAUAUUAGGCCCAGCCUGACCUCUUAUACACUAUAUUAGGCCCAGCCUGUC